UCGCAUCGUCUGUCUACUUUUUGACUGACCUUGGGCUCUCGUGGGUGCAGACUGCCAUCUGAAAGCUCCUCUACUACCUCAGCAUCGGCUGGUUUACGGCUCGAGUGUCACCUACUCUCGUCGCAAUGGAUUCUCUUACGACCCAUCCUUCUACCGCGCAACAGGCCCGGGCCUUCACUUCCCCCGCCUCUCUGUCGUUUCCCGGUGGUGCCGGUGAUCUGACUCCACCUUCCGAUAAGGAAAACAUGGCAAUGGCUCAGGGUGCGAAUGGGAUUGUGAACGGUCAGCAGCAGGGAGGAAAUGCCACUAAUGGCAAUGGGGUGGCGCCCGCAACCCCCGCUGCGACCCCCGGUGCUACCAACACGCCGGGAAGUGGCAUCGUACCUACGUUGCAAAACAUUGUCGCCACGGUCAACCUUGACUGCCGGCUGGACUUGAAGACGAUCGCGCUCCACGCAAGAAAUGCGGAAUACAACCCUAAGCGUUUCGCGGCCGUGAUCAUGCGUAUCCGAGAGCCGAAAACGACCGCUUUGAUCUUCGCCUCUGGCAAGAUGGUGGUUACUGGUGCCAAGUCGGAGGACGACUCCAAACUGGCGUCCAGAAAGUACGCGCGUAUCAUCCAAAAGCUUGGUUUCAACGCCAAGUUCACGGAUUUCAAGAUCCAGAACAUUGUCGGGUCUUGCGACAUCAAGUUCCCCAUCCGCCUGGAGGGUCUGGCCAGUCGCCAUCACAACUUCAGUUCUUACGAACCCGAGUUGUUCCCUGGUCUUAUCUACCGCAUGAUGAAACCUAAGAUCGUGCUUCUGAUCUUCGUCAGUGGAAAGAUUGUCCUCACCGGUGCGAAGGUCCGUGAGGAAAUCUACCAGGCGUUCGAACUGAUCUAUCCUGUGCUUUCGGAUUUCCGUAAAGUCUAGAGCCCUCGUGCUGAACAGGAAGAUCCCGACCCCACGUCCUUCCUACCUUCAACAACUUGUAUUAACACUGGCUUUACCCCCCCCUUGCACUGGC